UGCAGGAUGUGGUGAGGGCGCUGGCGAUGGGGUCGUGCCUGCCGGCGGACCACCGACCAAUAGAGGUGUCGGAGAAAGGGGGAGGCGGCAGGAGGAGGGAUGAGGAGGCGCCCGGGAGGAUCGCCGGGAGUGGGACGGGCAAUGUGGCCUGCCUGUUCACGCGGCAGGGGAAGAAGGGCACCAACCAGGAUGCCAUGGUCGCGUGGGAGAACUUCAACGGGAGAUCAGACACAGUAUUUUGUGGAGUUUUUGAUGGUCAUGGUCCACAUGGCCAUCUUGUAGCGCGGAAAGUAAGAGAUACUCUCCCUCUGAAGCUGUGUGAUUUGAUAUACGAUGACUAUGGAGAGAGCCCAACCAGCAAUUCAGAUGGAUCAGUUUUAGAAGAGACCUUAUCUCCAUACCCAGAUGCAGAUGACAAAUCUCUCACAUUUGCUGGACAGAAAGAAGAACACCGAGAAUUCUUCGACUCAAUGAAAGAGUCUUUCCGAAAAGCUUUUAGAGUCAUGGACAAAGAGCUUAAAUUACAUCGGAACAUAGAUAGCAUUUGCAGUGGAACUACUGCCGUUACUUUAAUUAAACAGGGUCAGGAUCUUAUCGUCGGGAAUCUAGGUGACUCUAGAGCUGUAUUAGGCACCAGAGAUCAGGAUGGCCGUUUGGUUGCUCAUCAGUUGACAGUUGACUUAAAACCGGAUCAUCCAAGAGAGGCUAGGAGGAUCAAGCGAUGCAAUGGAAGGGUCUUUGCUCAUCAGGAUGAACCAGAUGUGGCUCGCCUUUGGCUUCCUAAUUGCAACUCUCCUGGCCUAGCAAUGGCACGAGCUUUUGGUGAUUUCUGUCUAAAGGAUUUUGGGUUGAUCUCUGUACCUGAGGUCACCUAUAGGCGAAUCAUUGAGAAGGAUGAGUUCAUUGUCCUUGCCACUGACGGGGUGUGGGAUGUUCUGUCCAACCAGGAAGUGGUGGAAGUUGUUGCCUCAUGCUCUGGCCGUUCUGCUGCAGCUCGUGCCGUUGUCGAUUUAGCAAAUCAAACUUGGAAAUUCAAGUACCCUACCUCCAAAAUGGAUGACUGCGCAGUGAUCUGCCUUUUCCUGAGCAAGGAUGCCACUGUAGGUGGUUUAUCCGGGCUGUCUGUUGGGCUAUCAGGGAUGUCUGUUGGUAGCAAGGGAAUUGAAUCUAGUCCAGGGAUGCCAGCCCGAUUGAUGAACCCCCAGCGCAACAGUAAAAGGGAUAUUCCAGAGGAUGCUGAUGAUGAAUGUUACUUGAAUAUAAGUGGAGAUGAGAGAUCCUUGGAGGGCUUCACCCGGUUGAACACGCUUUUGGCACUACCGAAGUUUUGUGAUACAACUCCAACCAAAAAAUGAAGUUUACUGAUAUAGCUGUGCGAGUCUGCAACCAGCCGGCACACUGGCUGAUGUUUUGGAGAUGAGAGCAUUAUUGGCUAUAUUAGCAUGCCCGUUGAGCUCCCAUCCGGAUGUCGGUUUACCUUAUCUAAUGAUGAGUAGGGUUGCUGUUUUUGUAAAUCCUAACUCGCAUUUGGUUACUGAGUUGUUCAACAUACGUUGGGGAGGCAUCUUUUAAUCUGCUUAGUGCUGGCUUUGCUGCCCUUGAAGUUAAGUUUAUCUGUCAGAAAAUGUAUGUGCUCUGCAGUUUUCUAUGUGGAGAAAUUCUCCUCAUAAUAUUUAUAACUUUACUAUUAUAAGAAUACUUUAAUAUUUGAUAUA